GUGCACCCUAUUUUAGAGGAGUUUCUCUAUUCUGAGUUUUUUUUGUACACUGCCGUCAACAAUGGCGAAAGAAAGAGAAGAACGUAAGAAGGAGAAGAAAGAGAAGAAGGAGAAAAAAGAGAAGAAAGAGAGGAAGGAGAAGAAGCGUCGUGAGGCUGAAGAACUCGCGGUGAAGGAGAAGAAAAUCUCUAAGAAGGAUAAAUCAAAAUCCAAAGAGACAGAGAAGCCUGAGAAAUCCAAGAAGAAAUCGAAGAAAUACGAAGAAGAAGAAGAAUCUCCUAAGAAAUCGAAGGAGAGCAAGAAGAAACACAAGAAAUCAGAUGAAUCCGAAGAGACACAAACCCAAAUCGUCGAUUCGAAGCCUGUUACGGUUCCGAUUGUUACCACCAACAAUGAGUCUGAUUCAGAUUUUGAAUUCGAUAAGGAAGAUGUUAAGCAUCUGCUUGAAUCUUACUCUAAGGAAGAGCUUAUUAACCUAAUUUACAAAACUGCUGAGAAAGGUUCUAAAUUGAUCUCUGCUGUGUUUGAAUCAGCGGAUAGAGAUAGUUCUCAGCGGAACAUAUUCGUGCGUGGUCUUGGAUGGGAUACGACGCAUGAGAAUCUCAAGGCGGCUUUUGAGGUUUUUGGGGAGAUAGAGGAAUGUUCUGUGGUUAUGGAUAAGGAUACAGGAAGAGCUAAAGGGUUUGGCUUUGUGUUGUUUAAGACGCGUAAAGGAGCCAGAGCGGCGUUGAGGAAUCCGGAGAAGAGAAUGUAUAAUCGAACUGUGAUUUGUAGUCUAGCUAAGCCAUCUACUGCUGGAAAGCUGCGAGAACAACCGGUUGAGUCUGUGAAGAUUGAUUUGAGUCAUACGGCUAAUCAUAGUGAAAUGGUUUUGCCUGGGGUUGAUUUGGCUCAUGGACAUGUACAUGGAGUUGAUAAGGGACAUCAGCAGCAGCAGAAUAUGGCAAUGUAUGGUGGACAGAACAUGCCCUUUUACGGGCAUUCUCAGCCUCCUGGUUUUAAUCCGAUGUAUGGUGCUAUGAUGGGUAAUCAAGGUGCAAUGAUGGGUAAUCCGAUGGUUGCUGGUUUACCGAAUUAUCGUAUGUUUGGCUCGGGUAUGAUGAACCAGGGACCUAUGGUGCCACCGAAUCAUAUGGGAAUGGCUGGGCAAUAUGUUGGUGAUGGUAAUGUUAAUGGUGCUGGUGCUGGUGCUGGUACUGGUACUGGUUUUGAUGGUGAACGAGCUUGGUAUCUGAGAUGAGAGAAACCAAGUGCUAUCCAUCCAUAUGAAUCUACUCGGUAUUCAUCUAUGGUAUGCUUCAGCUGAAUCAGCUUUGGUUUUGGUUUUGGCUAUAUGUUUUCAUUGUUUUGUAAUCAAGCAUUUUCUUUAUC